GCGGGAGCUGCGCGCAGAUCCCACGUGUGACGCCAGAGCUCUCGCUUUGGUAAUAAUCCUUGAGUUGGGGCUGCAGUGCCCGUGUGUGUUUGUAUGCGUGUGUUUGGAGUUGGUUGGGCUUUGAGCUAUGGAAGCGGACUCGAGUCAACUCACCUCCGGAAGCCCGAAUGAUUCGCAACACGACCCGGGUAAAAUGUUUAUCGGUGGCCUCAGCUGGCAAACCUCACCAGACAGCCUUAGAGACUAUUUCAGUAAAUUCGGGGAGAUCAGAGAAUGUAUGGUGAUGCGCGACCCCACUACCAAACGCUCCAGAGGGUUUGGCUUUAUCACGUUUGCAGAUGUUUCCAGUGUAGAUAAAGUCUUAGAGCAACCACACCAUGAAUUAGACUCCAAGACGAUUGAUCCUAAGGUCGCCUUUCCUCGACGUGCUCAACCCAAGAUGGUAACAAGGACAAAGAAAAUAUUUGUGGGUGGAUUAUCAGCAAGCACAGUUGUUGAAGAUGUGAAACAGUAUUUUGAACAGUUCGGAAAGGUAGAGGAUGCCAUGUUAAUGUUUGACAAAACUACAAACAGACAUAGAGGCUUCGGCUUCGUGACGUUUGAGAAUGAAGACAUUGUAGAGAAAGUCUGUGAAAUUCAUUUUCACGAAAUCAAUAAUAAAAUGGUAGAAUGUAAGAAAGCCCAACCAAAGGAGGUGAUGUUUCCUCCAGGCACGAGGGGGAGGGCGAGAAGUCUUCCGUACACCAUGGAUGCCUUCAUGCUGGGCAUGGGCAUGUUGAGUUAUCCAAACAUUGUGGCAACGUAUGGUCGCGGAUACACAGGAUUUUCUCCUAGCUACAGUUACCAGUUUCCAGGUUUCCCAGCGACGGCGUACGGACCUGUGACAGCAGCAGCAGUGGCAGCGGCGCGAGGCUCAGGUAGGGCGACCCGGGGAAGAAGCGGCUACAUGGCGUACCCACAGAACGCAGGGCCAGGGUUCCCCGAUUACGGCUUUUAUUCUGGGCCCAGUGACCAGCGCGGCGCUCCCUGCUCCUUUGCAGACUAUGCCACCCUGGGGCCCCAUACAGGUCAGAUGCUGCAAAGCGAGCACGUCACCUCUACCUGCAACUCACCCUCCCAGCACCACCCAAGCCCGGACCACUUUAAGAACUCAGGUGCUAAUCCUCCCCGGAAUGGAGGUUUCCCCGUUGCUAACAGUCCUGGACCCGUGGCAGACUUGUAUGGCCCCAGCAGUCAGGACUCAGCUGUGGGAAAUUACAUCAGUGCUGCCAGCCCCCAGCCGGGCUCGGGGUUCAAUCACAGUAUCGCAGGUCCUUUGAUUGCUACAGCAUUUACAAACGGAUACCACUGAAAGCUAACCGGAGCGGUGGCACCAUCUCAUUGGAGAGUUCAUCGGGAAGCCCUGGUAAAAUGGCCCAAGUCUCUAAUUGGUUUGUGUACAGUUGAUGUCAUAAAGACUUCAAGCACUACAGUUUGUGGUUGGUGAAUGGACAAGGCGGGGUGGAACCAAACAUAGACAACAAGAAAAAUACGAUCAUCUCGGAAAAUCUGCUGUAACUAAUCCCUCCUUCCUGUCACUGCAGGACUCCUCCCCACACGCUUUUAUCUUUCUGUAUGCUUUUUAAAUUACUCUGGCUUUUAGAAAAUGUAUACAGAUGAGGGAAUUAUUUUUGGCACAGUUCUUUUGUUUUUCCCCUCAAUUUUGGUGCCAACUUUUUUUUUUUUGCACAUAUGGGGAGACACCAUGCCAUUCAUCUGUUGGAGGAAAAAAAAAAAAAAAAGAGAAAAACUGAAUCUUAGUAGCUGUUUUUAAUUGUGAAGUCUCAUUGUUGAUCAUAAUGACCUAUUUUUGGGCAAUACAGAGGGAGAGGACUCCAAUAUUUUUAUGGUCCUUUUUUAUAUAUAUCUAUCUAUGUGGUGGUGUUGUUAUUUAGAAGAAAAUGUAUACUGUAAUUUUUCAAUGAAAACAUGAUUUCAAAUAUAAGAGAAAAACAUGUAAAUAUACUUCACUGCAUAUAAUCAGUUCAGGCAUAUUUUUCUGAUAGUGCUUCAAAAGAAAAUCAGGGUGAAAUUCAAGUAAUUGACAGUGUGACGGUGAAAAAAAAAACACGACAUUGAUUUCUUAAAUUAUUGUAUACAGAUGAGCGGAAUCAUUUUACAGGUGUAAUACCAGCAUACUCACGCACAUGAUAACAAGCGGAAACUUUCGUCGUUCACCGUGGAGUUUCAAAAACACCACAACCGUCAAAAGCACACUGUGUGUAGUGAUCAACGAAAGGACUUUUCCUGUGUUCUGCACAUUCUGACACUUUUAUACUCCUAAAAAAAAAAGAAACCUACUAUGUUGUCUGUUGUUGUUGUCUAAUAGAGGACGUUCCUCUUGAUUUUGGAACAUGUUGACUGUACGUGAACGAAGCAGUUUAUUUCUUUUUUGGCUGAAGGUGGCAAACAUUUUUCACGUGUCAAUUAUUUCAAUCAUACCUCAGUCCUGUGAGAUUGAAUUUAUUCAGAGCGGAUCAAGUGUAUGGAGGAAGCUUUGCACUGUGUACAAAAAGAAGCACCGUUUUCUCUUUGCACAUGCUAGCUGUCACGAGUGACCUUACAGAGAUUUGAUGUAUGAAAAAUUGUUCAGUGAAUGUUGCUUUUAUUUUUCUGCCGCUGGCAUCCAGAACGCAGGUCGAGAAGAAGCCAAACGAAAAGCAAUCUAUUACUGGUGCGCUCAAGAUUUCAUUUCAAGGACAUAGCGAACCUUUUAUCUGAAAUAUUGACGUAUUUUAAUAUACAGCCAGUUGAAGACACUGAAAAAAAAAUUGUUGACAAACACGGAGCUGCUGAUUUCUUUCAAGUUGAAAAGCGGUUUUGGGUCAAACGCAUAUAUAUAUAUAAAAUGCAGAUUUUUAAUGUUAAAUGAAUCUGAUAUGUAUAUUCUGCUGUAAAUGUCUUUUUUCCUGCUGCAGAUGUAAACUGUUUUGUUGGAUGACUUCUGUUUAUUUGCUGUAGUCUGGUGGCCGGAGGCAAAAGCACUUAAUGUCGGAGCCUUGAAAAGAUUUACAGAUCCAGACACAUAAUAUUUAAACAAUUGAAAGGAAUGGAGCAAAGGAAGAAAGCUAUUGUAAAUGUUCAAAUGUAAAAGAAAAAUGUAAAAACAUUAAAAAUGAAACCAAAAUGUUUGUUCACUGA